AUGUCGAACCUCAACUCUUGGGAGGACGAUCCUGCUGCCCAGGACGAGAACCUCGCUCAGCAGGCUCAGCAGCAGCUCAACAUGAAUCCGGCCGCCGGCGGCUUCCGACCUGGUGCUGCCUCGUUCCAGCCCACCGCUCAGACCUUCCAGCCCGGUCAGGGUUUUGGCGGCGGAUAUGCGCAGCAAUACCAGCAGCAGCAGUAUUACGGGCAACAACAGGGAUACUACCCGCAGUAUGGUGGCCAACAACAAGGAUUUGAUCAGUACAACCAGUAUCAAAACUACGGCGGCGGUUACGGCCAGGGCUACAACCAGAACCAGAACUACGGUCAACAAGGAUACCAGCAAUAUGGUCAACAGCAGGGCCAGAGAAACCAGCAGCAGCAGCAACAGCAGCCCGCUGCCCAAGCCCCUCAGAACAAUGCCACCCAAGCUGCUCCUGUAAAGUCGCUCCCCGUCGAGAAGCCCGCCCCAGCUGCCAGCGCACCGAAGCCUGUCGUUUCCAAUGAAGGAGGUGCCAAGGUGCUCAGCAUUGGAGGUGAUGUAAAGCCCAAGGCUAAAGUGCUGUCGAUUGGUUCCACCGGCUCCCCCUCUGCCGCUGCCCCGGCCAAGGACGACGCCAAGACUGAGCCAUCCAACGAGCCAGACGCGGGCAAGAAGGUUUCCGCAGCCAAGGCUAUCGAGAAGACAGGUGAAAAGGCUGGAAAGGCUGCAGGUAGCGGCAAGUCGUCUGGAAGGACAUCUCCGGACCCAUCCUCUGGCCGGUCCAGCCCAACUGCAGCAGAGAAGAAGGCCCAGCGUGAAGUUGAUGCGGUUCUGAAGGCACAGUCGGCCGAUGUAGACGAAGAUACCCUCAAGGAAAUUUACGGCAAGGAACACGUCAACAUCAUUUUCAUCGGUCACGUUGAUGCAGGCAAGUCCACACUGGGUGGUUCCAUCCUAUGGACCACCGGCAUGGUUGAUGAGCGUACCAUGGACAAAUAUAAGAAGGAGGCAAAGGACUUGGGUCGUGAAUCAUGGUACCUGUCUUGGGUCAUGGACUUGACCAAGGAGGAACGAACCAAGGGCAAGACUGUCGAGGUCGGACGUGGCUUCUUCGAGACUGAGAAGCGACGCUACAGUAUCCUGGAUGCCCCCGGUCACAAGACAUAUGUUCCCAGUAUGAUUGGAGGUGCUUCACAGGCGGAUGUAGGUAUCCUCGUCAUCUCAGCGCGAAAGGGCGAGUAUGAGACUGGUUUCGAAAGAGGAGGACAAACGCGUGAGCACGCCAUGCUCGCCAAGACCCAGGGUGUCAACAAGCUCAUCGUAGCGAUCAACAAGAUGGACGACCCGACAGUGGAGUGGUCUGAGGAGCGUUACAAGGAGUGUACGACCAAGCUGCAGCAAUUCUUGAAGGGCACGGGCUACAACCUCAAGACGGAUGUCUACUUUAUCCCUGUGGCUGCCCAGAUGUCACUGAACAUCAAGGAUCGACUCCCCGCGGGCGUCGCUCCUUGGUGGAAGGGUCCCUCACUACUGGAAUAUCUCGACGGCAUGCAGGCUCUGGAGCGCAAGGUCAACGCGCCAUUCAUGAUGCCCAUCAACGCCAAGUACCGAGAUCUGGGUACCAUGGUUGACGGCAAGAUUGAGGCUGGUGUGGUGAAGAAGGGCAUGUCACUGAUUAUGAUGCCCCGGAAGCAGGCUGUGGAAACCGCUGCCAUCUACGGAGAGCAAGAAGAGGAGCAGCCUAUUCUGCAGUGCGGUGACCAGGUGCGUCUGCGUCUCAAGGGUGUUGAAGAAGAAGACAUCCUGCCCGGAUUCGUGCUCUGCUCGCCGAAGCGACUGGUGCACUGCGUUACCGAGUUCGAGGCACAGAUCCGAGUCUUGGAGCUAAAGAGCAUCCUCACGUCUGGAUUCAACUGCGUGCUGCACGUCCACGCCGCCAUUGAAGAGGUUACCUUUGCAGCUCUGCUGCACAAGCUGCAGAAGGGCACCAACCGCAAGAGCAAGGUGCCUCCCACACACGCCAAGAAGGGCGACAGCAUUAUUGCCAGACUCCAGGUGACUGGAGGCGCUGGUAUGGUUUGCGUCGAGAAAUUCGAGGACUACCCCCAGAUGGGUCGUUUCACCCUCCGAGACCAGGGACAAACCAUUGCCAUUGGCAAGAUUACAAGACUCAUUACCAGUGAGGACCAGUAA